GCCUGCGUUGAGUGUGGGAUAGGGACAGGCGGUGAAAAGAGGCAGCCCUUUUUGGCUGGGGCUUUCCUGACAGGGCGGGGAAGGCGGUUGAAAGAGAGAGAAGAGGAAAAAGAAGGAGAAGAAGGAGAGGGAGGAAGGGCUUGGGCCAAAACAAGGCCGCCUCUCCCUCUGGGCCCUGCAGAGCCAGCAAAGUGAGCUUCCAGUGCCAGCGGCAGGAUGAGUUCCGUGGAGGCAAGCGGCAAGCCCCUGAAAGUGGGCUCCCGAGUGGAGGUCAUCGGGAAGGGGCACCGCGGGACUGUGGCAUACGUGGGGGCCACGCUCUUUGCCACGGGGAAGUGGGUUGGUGUCAUUCUGGAUGAACCAAAGGGCAAGAAUGAUGGCACGGUGCAGGGCAGGAGGUACUUCACCUGCGAGGAGAACCAUGGCAUCUUUGUGCGACAGUCACAGAUCCAGGUUUUUGAUGAUGGCGCAGAUACAACAUCCCCGGAAACACCAGAAUCUUCCACUUCAAAGGUCCCCAAGAGAGAUUCUUCAGAGGGUCCCAAAACCAGCAAACUGCGUGGAGUGAAACCUAAAAAGGCCGCAACCACACGGAAGACCACCACCAGGAGGCCCAAGCCCACCCGGACGGCCAGUUCGGCAGCGUCCAGCGGCACCACUGGCCUCUCUGGAUCGGCCUCGGCAUCUGCAGGCGAGAUGAGCAGCAGCGAGCCCAGCACCCCGGCCCAGACGCCCCUGGCCGCCCCAGUGGUGCCCACGCCCUCCUUGGCUUCCCCGGUGGGCCCUCCGGCCAUCCCAUCCCCCACCAAGGAGGAGGAGAACUUGCGCAGCCAGGUGAGAGACCUGGAGGAGAAGCUGGAGACCCUCAAGAUGAAGCGGAAUGAGGACAAGGCCAAGCUGAAGGAGCUGGAGAAGUACAAGAUCCAGCUGGAGCAGGUCCAGGAGUGGAAGAGCAAAAUGCAGGAGCAGCAGGCGGAGCUCCAGAAGCGCCUGAAAGAGGCCAAGAAGGAAGCCAAGGAGGCCAUGGAGGCCAAGGAGCGUUACAUGGAGGAGAUGGCUGACACGGCGGACGCCAUUGAGAUGGCCACUCUGGACAAGGAGAUGGCGGAGGAGCGGGCCGAGUCCCUGCAGCAGGAGGUGGACUCCCUGAAGGAGAAGGUGGAGUACCUCACCAUGGACUUGGAGAUCCUCAAGCACGAGAUCGAGGAGAAGGGUUCAGAUGGUGCAGCCUCCAGUUACCACGUCAAGCAGCUGGAAGAACAGAAUGCACGGCUGAAGGAGGCUCUUGUGAGGAUGCGGGACUUGUCUGCCUCGGAGAAGCAGGAGCACGUGAAGCUCCAGAAGCACAUGGAGAAGAAGAACACGGAGCUGGAGUCCCUCCGCCAGCAGAAGGAGAAGCUGCAGGAAGAGCUGAAGCAGGCCGAGAGGACUGUGGACGAACUGAAGGAGCAGGUGGACGCUGCUUUAGGGGCUGAGGAGAUGGUGGAGACGCUGACUGAGAGGAACCUGGACUUAGAAGAGAAGGUCCGGGAGCUGCGCGAGACUGUUGGGGACCUGGAAGCCAUGAACGAGAUGAAUGACGAGCUGCAGGAAAAUGCCCGGGAAACGGAGCUGGAGCUGCGGGAGCAACUGGACAUGGCAACGGCUCGGGUCCGUGAGGCGGAGAAGCGGGUCGAGGCCGCCCAAGAGACGGUGGCCGACUACCAGCAAACUAUCAAGAAGUAUCGAGAGCUGACCGCACACUUGCAGGACGUCAACCGGGAGCUGAUGAGCCAGCAGGAGGCCUCAGCAGAGAAGCAGCAGCAGCCGCCCCCAGAAAUGUUCGACUUCAAGAUCAAGUUUGCCGAGACGAAAGCUCACGCGAAGGCUAUCGAAAUGGAGUUGCGCCAGAUGGAGGUCCAGCAGGCCAACCGGCACGUCUCCCUCCUCACCUCUUUCAUGCCUGACAGUUUCCUGCGCCAUGGCGGGGACCACGACUGCCUCCUGGUGCUCCUUCUCAUCCCGCGGCUGAUUUGCAAGGCUGAGCUGAUCAGCAAGCAGGCCCAAGAGAAGUUUGAUCUCAAUGAGAACUGUGCAGAGCGAACCGGCCUCCGUGGGGCUCCAGGGGAGCAGCUGAGCUUUGCCGCCGGAUUAGUGUAUUCCCUCAGUCUUCUGCAAGCAACGCUGCACAAAUACGAACAGGCCUUGAACAAGUGCAGUGUGGAGGUCUACAAGAAAGUGGGGACGCUUUACCCGGAGAUGAGCGUGCACGAGCGCUCCCUGGACUUCCUGAUUGAGCUGCUGCACAAGGACCAGCUGGAUGAGACAGUCAACGUGGAGCCCUUGACCAAAGCGAUCAAGUACUAUCAGCACCUGUAUAGCAUCCAUUUGGCGGACCAAGCUGAGGACUGCACAAUGCAGCUGGCUGACCACAUCAAGUUCACCCAGAGUGCCUUGGACUGCAUGAGCGUGGAAGUGGGCAGACUGCGCUCCUUCCUGCAGAUUGGGCAGGAGGCCUCCGACUUGGCCAUUCUCCUGAAGGACCUGGAGACCUCCUGCAGCGACAUCCGGCAGUUCUGCAAGAAGAUCAGGCGCCGUAUGCCGGGCACCGAUGCGCCCGGCAUUCCUGCCGCACUUGGCUUUGGACAGCAAGUCUCAGACACCCUGUUGGACUGCCGCAAGCACCUGACCUGGGUGGUGGCUGUGCUGCAGGAAGUGGCGGCUGCCGGGGCGCAGAUGAUUGCCCCCCUGACGGAGAACGAGGGGUUGCAGGCAGUGAAACUGGAAGACCUGGCUUUCAAGGCCAGCGAGCAGAUCUAUGGUGCACAGGGCAUCAACCCCCACGAGUGCUUGCGCCAGUCCUGCAACAUCUUGAUUGCUACCAUGAACAAGAUGGCCACCGCGAUGCAGGAGGGUGAAUACGACGCUGACAAGCCCCAGACCAAGCCCUCUCCCCCAGUGGACCUGCGAGCGGCUGCCUUGCGGGCAGAGAUCACCGAUGCAGAGGGCCUGGGGCUGAAGCUGGAGGACCGGGAGACGGUCAUCAAGGAGCUCAAGAAGUCCCUCAAAAUCAAGGGGGAGGAGCUGAGUGAAGCCAAUGUGCGCCUCAGCCUGCUGGAGAAGAAGCUGGACAGCGCCUCCAAGGACGCAGAUGACCGGGUGGAGAAGAUCCAGACCAAGUUGGACGAGACCCAAUCUCUGCUCAAGAAGAAAGAGAAGGAGUUUGAGGAGACCAUGGAUGCCUUGCAAGCGGACAUUGACCAGCUGGAGUCGGAGAAGUUGGAACUGAAGCAGCGCCUCAGCAACCAGUCCAAGCGCACCAUUGAAGGCCUGCGUGGCGCCCCUCCCUCCGGCAUCGCCUCCGUUAUCUCUGGCAUCACGGGAGAGGAGCAGCAAAGAGGCUUAGGGGCCGGCCAGAUGAUGAUGGGGGGCUCUGGUCCAGUCCAGGUCAAGGACUCCCCGCUCCUGCUCCAGCAGAUUGAUGCCAUGCAGCUCUCCAUCAAGCACCUCAAGAAUGAGAACAACCGGCUCAAGGGAGCUCAGAUGAGGAGGGAGUUGGCGUCGCUGACCCCGCUGCGCGUGCCUAAGCUCUCCCUCCCCAAGGACAGGCAAGGAGAGGAGGUGGUCUCCAGCUCGCUCUACCGCAAGACCAGCCAGAUGCUGGAGGCCCUCUACCAGAUGAGCGCCAACGCCAAGGUGGUGGACAUCACACGGCAGAGGACGGCUGCCAGCCCAGCGUCUCAGCUCUUGGAGCAAACGGCCCGCCUGAAAUCCCUGAGUGAAACCAUCGAUAAACUGAAGGGUGAAGUCAUGAAGGAGACGGUCCUGCAGCACCCUGGAGCCAGCGUUCCCACGGACUUUGGCACCUUCCCAUCAACCCCUUUCCUGAAGGCCAAAGAGGAGCAGAAGGAGGACACGGUCUACAUUGGCAAAGUGACCUUCCCCUGCCAGCCAGGCCACAACCAGGUCCACAGACUGGUCCUCACUCCGGAGCAGCUUCACCGGCUCCACGUCCGCCUUGUCUCCUAAGAGAGCCCCCUCCCCACCCCUCCCUGCCCUGCCCUGCCCCACCCCGUUACUGCUUCCACUUCCUUUCUCUCCUGUCUCAGACUGACCUUGGCUGCGGCAAAGCUCUGUGUGUGCUAUUGACUGCCUGAAGCUCUGUGUGUGUGUUAUGUGCCUGUCUGUAGAGUGACCUGCAUACCUGGGCAGGUGCUGUGGCCAAGACGAACACUCCAACCUGAAGGCGGCCCCUUCUUCUACUUAUGGGCACAGGCCAGCUGCCCCUUGGUCUCAGCCCAGGCUGUUCUGGUUCCUGCCCUGGAGGAGGUGGCUCCACAUGGCCUCCAUCCCCACCUCCACCACCAUCACCUUGGUCUCUGGCACCUUUGGGUCUUGCUGUGGGGCAAAUGCCAGGGGUGGAGAAGAAGGAGCGUUUUACCUGGUGGAUCUGCCCCACAUUAUUCAGCAAAGUCUGAGCUGAAUAAUGAAGCCGUGCUGCUUCAAAGGGACCAGAGGUGUGAAGGGUGCCUGCUGGUCUGAACGAGGAGAAGGAAUGCUCUUUCUGGCUUAGGCUGAUGGGGCAAGUGUCCCUCCUUUCUGUAAACACUACACCUUUCCUGCAGCCCAGCCUCUUUGCCUUCCUUGGUGGGAGUGGAAGGGGGUCUCCUCUAGGGGAGGGGGACAGCUCUGCAGCCUGGAGACCUACAAGCACUUUUGAGGCAGAAAUCUUCUUGCAUGUUGACUUCUUGGAGCUCAUGAGACAAAUAAACCAUCUUGAACCAA